AUGGAAUUGAAAGACCAAAUGCCAAGUCUAAUGCAGGAUCCAGUUGGGGUGAGAAAGAUAAGAUGGAAUGAUGUGCUUGCUGAGAACUCACAAGGUAUUGCUCAAUGGAAAGAGACAGCUGAUUCUAGUAACAAGGACUGGAAAGCAGAUGGAUGGGGUGCCAAAUCUGGUAACAGGAGUAGCCAAAGAAACAAUUCUGGGAGACCCCCAAGGAGACCGGAUGAGAGGGGUCCACCUCCACCAAGACAACGGUUUGAACUAACAAUAGAGGAGAAGAACCUUCUUUUAGAAGUUGAUCAUCUCCAGAAAUUUCACAUUUGA